AUGGAUGAUCUGCUAUAUACUGGCUGGUCACCAGAUACGAUGUUGGAGCGUCGAAGUACCGGUCGUAAGGUUUUGGCAGAGAAGUAUAGUAUGGAGUGUCAACCGAGUAAAUCAAUACUUGGAUAUGAUCCAGAGUAUCAUUUAACUCAGUCUCAGACAGCACCCUCAAUAAGUUCUACUAAACCGGUGAAGGUUUUGGGCUAUCAAUGGAACCUUACUGAUGACACUCUUUCGGUGGUACUUCCUGAUGUUAGUGAACGCCCUCUUAGGACUAGACGUGACUGUUUUCAGACCUUGGGUCGAUAUUUUGAUCCACUUGGUAUCCACAUCGAGGCAGCGGCGAGGGAAAGAUGGCUCCUCCGACAAGUAGCUCAGCUGACCUCUACGUGGGAUUCUGUUGAUGUCCCAGUUGAGGUAGCUGAAAGUAUUCGAGCAUUUUUUAAUAGUGAACUUCCACCUCAGCCUCGUUUUACUGAUAUCCGCUCCGGCAUUGUAAUCUUCUGUGAUGCGGCUGGGACAGGUUGUAUCUGUGCCGAUGCAAGAGCGAUUUCGACUGGUAGGAGAAUUGUUGCACGUCAACGUACUCUGAACCCCUCAUGGACUAUUGCUCGUUUAGAGCUCUGCGGGUUGCUUUUUGCUGCGGAACUUCUAGCCGUUCUUCUCGAAGAGAUUGAUGUAGUAACGAAUGACGGUUAUGAAGUUGGACCAUUGUGGAUUUUGACCGAUUCUCAGCUUAAUGCGUGGAGGCUCCGUCGAUCCCCUAAGCUUGAUGAGAAGUAUCUGCCGAAGUUUGAGCUCCGGCGUAUGAUGAGGCUGCGCAAGCUACUCUCUGAUCUAUCUCAUAAAUGCCAUCAUAAUAUUCAUAUUGGUAGCAUUUCGGGGGCGGAGAAUCCUGCGGAUAAUGGAACGCGUCCAGGUAUGAUAGAUGUUCCAGUUAGGAUGAUGCCUUUAUCUGGAAUGAAUAUUGAGCUCACUCUGAGUAAGGUCAAGGUGGUCUCUACUUUCUCUCCCACCCCCACCUUGGGCUAUGAUGAGGUUGAGGAUGAGUUGGAUGUCGUCCUGUCUUCGGCUGAUGUACCAGCUAAUGCUGUGUUGGAUCUGCAGAAAGAUAUUCCUUCCCUGGAACCUAGCGAAGGUCUUCGCCAGCUGUUACUGGAUGCUCAGACCGCCGAUCCUCAGUUACGGGAUAUUCUCAAGAAGCUCAGAGCUGCUGAUGGUGUUAUUGACGGUUAUGAGCUGAAUAAUGGCCUCAUCUAUCGCACGUGUAGUGUUGCUCUAGAUGAUUCGAAUAGAGGUUCAUGUAUUUGUUGUCAAAUUGUGGUUCCUGAGGUUCGUCGAGAUCUUCAGCUUCUUGUGGCGAGGAGGAUUGCUGAGAACAGACGUCGAGCACAGUCGUCGCGACCCCCUGGUUGCUCUGUGAAAUAUGAGCCGUUUGCGAUAGCUUAUUUCGAUGUGAUGGGUCCCUACCAGCUCUCUAAGGAGGAAGAUGGUGACCCUAAGAAGGUGUAUGUAUUUACCCUCUCUUGUCAUUCAUCCAAGUUUGUGAAGUGUGAGCCUGCUUACAGUAAGUCGGGAGUGGAUGCAGCUAGAGCCUUACUUCGACUACUAGCAGAUGAGGGUCCGUCAAGAGUAUUAAUGGUUGACCAAGGCUUGAAUGUGCCGGAGGUUCUGGCAGCUGCUGACGAAUGGGAUGUGACCGUAAUAGCUGCCCCACCUCGUGGAGAAGAGUUGAGAGGAUGGGGUGAACGGGCUCAUAGAGAUGUGCAUGCUAUUAUUCGUGGAUGUUUAUGGGAUCUGGCUGCUGACCAUAAACUUCCUUUAGAAGAUGAGUUCUUACGUAUACUCAAUAGAGCGGUCACUAUUGUUAAUAUGACUCCUUAUGUUGAUGGCUCACCACUUUGCCCUUUCCUUGUCUGUCGAGGACAUAGUAGGAUGAUUGGUGAUAUUGAUGCCAAGAAGGAGGCUGAAGAUAUUCGAAAGGCUAUAUUUGAUGGUCUGGAACCUCCCAGUUGGUGGACUGAAGAGCUUGCACAGCUAUAUCGAGAACGACAAGGAGAAGGCCGUACAGUUUUGUUGAAAGAGCUUGCUGAUGUAUGGUGGUUACGUAGGCGUAAUGUUCGAGAGAGGUUGAUGAGUCGUGUUAAGAGACAUGCUGGACGAGACCUUACUGAGGGUGAAAAGGUCUAUCGUUGGCGUCCCAUGCUAGGCAGAUUUGGAAAGCUCAACACUGGUUGGUCUCCAGCGGUGUUGGUUAAGAAGAUGAGCAAUAGUGUUUGUAAAGUGCGUUUGCCUGAUGGCAAGGAAGUCAACGAGAGCGUGCUUAACCUUCGUCCGGCGGGAGUGUGCCGGUAA